UGCUAUUUCACUUCUUGAAGGUCAGGUAUUCUUCUUAGAAGUGGUAGAAGAAUUAGCAGCAACCUGUAGAGGUUUGGGAUGCUUUUCAGCUUCAAUGGGAUCCAGAGACAUCCACUCACUUGAGAUGGUGAUGGUUAAAAUGGGCCAGUUUGGAGUGGUUAUGAGAGAUGUGAGCACAACGCUACCUCCAUAAAUAAACACAUCAUCUGGAAGGAGCCCUGCACAUAGCCUAUGAUUAAGCCACAAUUGCAGAUGAAACCAACAAUAUCUUUUGCCCUUGCCAAUUCGUUUGAAUAUGGAAGGAGGGUGAAUUGUCAAAAAAUUAACUGAGAGCAAUAGGACUAUGGGAAGCGUUUGUCCAUCUAUUUUAAUUUAGUGCAUAACAAUGCACUCAAAGCAGGUAGUAAUAUCUGUAAAGACUAUACAAAUGUUUAGGUGCAUUCCACAUUUGGCAGCAUGUGCAGAGAAGUGCUUCCCAAUCGUUUUACGCCGAAAGAAUUGUCCGGCUUAGCUUGUGCGUUAUCGCUGAAAGAACUGCGAGAGACGUCUCUGGGAAAGCGCCCGAGCGAUGAAAAUCCAAGGUAAACAAUGAAAAGAGGAAUGAAUUUAUUCAAAAAGCUAACACUUGGAGGGAACUUGAAUCAAACACCAAGAAACUUGUGAGAUUUUAGCUUUGAAUUUGAAGUAAUUUACUCCGUAAUACAUAAAGUAGUGUUUACGUCAUGUUGUUAGAAACCAAAAUGGCAAAAUCUGGAUUUCAACAUUCCAUGUUAUUGAUUGAUUUUAGCUUUUCUGCAUUUAUUUAACCCAAAUUAUAUUACCAUAAGACUUUUUACUUAUUUCAAGAAGUAUAUGUUUAAAAAAAUUAAAUGGGAUAUUGCUCCUCAUAUGCGGUAUAUGUCACAUUUGUCAUCAUAGCUCAAUCUCACAAUCAACUUUAGAGAAUUAACUUUAGAGAAGCACAAUGUAGCUAUAAAAGCAAGUUCUAAAAGAUAAGUGCAAACACAAUCUCACUGAAAUGCACUUAAUGUUUGCUAAAUCGAUUUAAGACAUGGUCUUAAUCACUAAGCGCAAGUGCUAUAUUAAAAUGUGGAAUUUCAAUGUAAAAGCUGAUUUUGAUAGGAAAAGUCUUCCGGGGUUUAUAUUUGUUUGUAUCUUAUAUUUGGCCAGUUGAAAUGACUAAACCCAUAUAGACAACUUUCAAUGUUUUUUUAUUUCAUUUCGGGUAACACAUCUAAGCCCCUACCAAACCCGUCUGGGUCAACUGUGUAGAGCUUUUUGAACACUAGUCUCCCCUUGAUUGUUUGGUAUCACUUACUAUUCCAUCUUGACUGACAUAUUUUAAUUCUUAAACUGUUAUAUUAUGAGAUAAAUUAGUGACAAUAGGACUCUAAAUAAUUAAUAAUCUAAAUCAUUUACCAGAUUUGUAUAUAAAUGUAUACAGAGUAUGAAAUACUGAUUGUGUAUCGAAGUGAAAUAAAAAAGGCUUGUCAUGAACUUUUACUGCUGUGAAACAAGACAAAAUACUUGAUAGAUAUUUUGAAAUACGUACAUUGUUGUCAACCUUCAAUAUGAAACAGUGAUGUCUUAUAUUGAGUAGUGCUUCUUAAGUUGUGGUUUAAUUUUAAGAUUCAAGAUGGUUAUUUGUUGUUAAUAAGGAGUUGUCAUUUUAUAUUUUUUUUGCUACUCCUUUGUGAAUUUUAAAAACAUUGUGUUAUUAUAUGUCAUGUCUUACUAGUUGGAUUCAUUUGGUCGGAAAUAGUUGAUUGGUAGUAGCUUGAUUUAUAAAGUACACUUGAAAGUCAUUUACUAAAUGCUAAAUAUUCCAACUAUUCCAACUCAUAAUUGGCAGUUGGUAGCUGCGAACUGUUCUAGUGCAUUUCCGUUGUUACAUGCAUGUAGGCUUUGUUCUUUGGCACAACGGGUAUGGAGCCUCAUGAAGUGCAAGUUCUUUUCAUUAGAAGGCUCAGAAUUUAUCAAAUGGUUUGAAAACAUUUUUACUAGUGUAAGGGAAUUGUGUUAUUCUGUGUUUAUUUUGGUUAUGAGGAGAAUCUGGAUUCUGGAAGGCAUGAAAUGCAAGCUUAUGGCAGCAGUCCUCUAUACCAGCAAGGAAAAUUAUUGCUGGUGCACUAAGUUAUGUGGAGGCAUGGUGAAAAGCACAACUUGCAGAGAAUAGGCCACAGCAACAAGGACAGCCACCUGGGAGACGUAUGGGGAGGGUCAAAGUGAACACAGACAGUGUAGCUAAAAAAGGUUUCGACAAUAUUGGCAUAGGUUGGGUGGUGAGAAAUAGUGAAGAUGUUGUUUAGCUGGAAGUGCAAUCAACCAAUCAGGGAAUGUUCUCGAGGGAGGCGGAGGCGCUGUCAAUGAGGGAAGCGCAAGUGAAAAAAGCACACAAAAUGUAUCUGAGACUGUAUUUGUAAAACUUAUCUUUUUGAAUUUCCAAACACAUGCUCCG